AUGAGGAGCCUGCUGUUGGUCCUGGUGGUCUUUGUCUUGCUCUCCUAUGUUCCACCAGUUAGAAGCGGACCGAAUAUGUACAUAAGCCGAAUAUUUUCUACGUGCUGGCUAACAAAAGGCACUUGCAGGGUAAACUGUGUAGCAGAUGAAGUAUAUUAUAUUUUUUGUGGUACUUAUUACAAAUGCUGCAUAAGUAAAAAGGAUAUGCCCGUUCUGAUCGGGUAG